ACAAACAAUCAAACGAACAAACGAAAUUGCUUUAGUAUGUAAUAAAAUGGCGACUUCGAAUGCAGAUUCCUCAUCUUUGCCGUCGUCAAGUGCAAGUAGUAGCAGUAAAAGUGAUGAUAAUCUAACACCAGCUAAAAAGAAGGAAGAGCGGAUGAAGAGGUUGAAGGAGCUUCAUCUACGAAGGAAUGAGGCUAGAAAGCUGAACCAUGCUGAAGUUGUAGAGGAAGACCGUCGACUCAAGUUGCCCGCAAAUCAUGAGGCAAAGAGAAAACGAGCCGAAUGGAUACUGCAAGAUGAUGAAAAAAGGAAGGAAGCUGAGGCUCAGGGUCAGGAUUAUGACAGACUAAAACUCCUGGACGUAUCAGCAGAAGAAGCGGACAUACUUGAGAAAAAGAGGAAGAAGAAGAACCCUGACCAAGGAUUUGCAGACUACGAGCAAGCCAGUUUCCGUCAGUACCAACGAAACACCAAACAGAUGAAAGUGAAUAUGGAGGAGUAUCAGAGGCAGAAAGAAAAAAUGGGAGACGACAUGUAUCCAGGUAGGGAUACAAUCAUGCAAGGCAACUACAAAGACUCGGAAGAAGGUGUUGAUCGCAUGGUGAAAGAUCUGGAAAAACAGAUUGAUAAGCGCUCCAAGUACAGCCGGAGACGGGCAUUCAACGAGGAAGAUGAUAUUGACUACAUCAAUGAACGCAACAUGCGAUUCAACAAGAAGGCCGAGAGGUUCUACGGGAAGUACACCACGGAGAUCAAGCAGAACCUGGAGAGAGGGACAGCCGUGUAGUUGACGAAUCAGACCGACGGACCUAUAGUAGUGACCAGUGGCCAAUGUUAUGGAGUUGUAUAAUUGGCAGAAAUGCUGCUUUGACUCCGGCAAGGAAACUGUACCGACCUUGAUUCUAUUUCUGACGUGUCAAUAUGCCAAUAUGGCUUAGACAUAGAUGCCAUCUAUUGCAUUGCCAUGUCACAUUUUGUCUCUUCAGAUAUUCUCCAUGUGGUAUUUACAGUCUACGGUCUCUUUAAUAUUUAAAGGUAACAUCAAGAACUUUUUCUUCUUAAAACAAUUUGUACACUGACACACUGCAGUUUGUUUUGACUCCUUGGGGUUAUUCUUGUGGGACAUUUAUUGUGAGAUGUGUAUAUAUACAAGGGUGCUUUUGCAUGUAGUUACAUCAGGCAUGAUAAAGUUCCUAUUAUAAAAGGAUUUUAGAUUUUUUUCUAAUCUUAUUAUAUCCUUCAUUUCUACCAUUCUGUCCUGCACUAUUUUAAUAAUAAUAUAUGUAUUGGGGAGAUUUUUCUCAUUUUUUUUCCUUAACCCUAACACUCCUCAGUCCUCCAACAGGUGAAGGAUUGAGGAGGGUUAGGGUUAAGGAUAAAAUAUCCUGCCUGUCACAAGUCCAUGGGUUGGAAUACAUCUAUCUUUUAAAACAUAAAAUGUCCAUACUGAAGCAAUUAAAAGGGCAACUAAAAUUCAUGGUGUUGGUUUCUACACAAUGUUUGCAUAUGCCGUGACUGUCAAAUAUAUCUACAGAAUGACUGGA